AAUCAGAGCCCAUAGGGGUAUUUGUAGAAACUCAAUAAAACCGUACCCCAAGAGCUCUGUGAUCAAUAAAACAAGAUAAAAAAUAAGAUUAGCCAGCCUUAGUAAUUUUUUCGAGCUAAAAUUAGGUAGUCUAUUGGACAAAUAAAGAUGGGAUUGUCGAAAAAGAUAACUGUUAUUGGUCUAUCUUCGGUAGUCCUGGUUGCUGUGGUGGUUGCUGUAGCCCUCACCCAAAGCAGUGAUGGUGGCGACGAAAAGGGUGGUGGCCAGACUGUACACACCUCUAACAAGGCCGUGAAUUCGUUGUGUCAGCCAACUGACUACAAGGAUGCUUGUGUCAAGAGUCUUUCUGAAGCCAACACAGAGGAUCCUAGGGAACUCAUUAAGACGGGCUUUAAGGCCGCCACUAAGGAAAUUGGCGACGUGGUUUCUAAGUCCAAAACUCUUGAAGAUGCCUCUAAGGAUGAAAGUACCAAAAAGGGAUAUGAACUUUGUAAGAAAUUGUUGGAGACCUCAGUGGAUGAUUUUAACAGAUCAAUGGACAAGGUUGGUAAAGUUGAUGCGGGUAAUUUGAAUAAAUUAAUUGCGGAUCUUAAGACCUGGCUUAGCGGUGCUUUGAACAAUCAAGAGACUUGCAUUGAUGCUUUCCAGAAUACAACCGGGGAUGCUGCAGAUAAAGUGAAGAAUUUGUUGAAAAUGUCUCAUGCACUAUCCAGCAAUGCCCUUGCGAUGGUCACUGAGCUCACGAAUAUUUUGAAAUCCGUAGACCUUAAGUCUCUAGGCCAGAGGAGACUAUCUAGUGUGGAUGAUGAGAUUCCUGAUUGGAUAACUACGCAUCAAAGACACCUUCUUCAAGCUGCAGCUGCACCCAACGCGGUCGUUGCUCAAGAUGGCUCUGGACAGUUCAAGACGGUUGGAGAAGCCAUUGCCACAGUCCCGGCCAACAAUGCUAAGCCCUUUGUUAUCCAAGUGAAGGCUGGUGUGUAUAACGAGAUUGUGAGAAUUCCAAGGCACACAGACAAUGUUGUGUUGAUUGGUGAGGGCGCAACCAAGACCAAAAUCACAGGGAGCAAGAACUUCAUCGAUGGAGUCAAGACCUUUGAAACUGCAACAGUCGGUGUGGAUGGUGACGCGUUCAUGGCUAAAGACAUAGGCUUUGAGAACUCAGCAGGAGCCGAGAAACAUCAAGCCGUGGCACUCAGAUUAUCCAGUGACAGGGCUGUUGUCUUCCAAUGCCAAAUAGACGGUUAUCAGGACACCCUUUACAAUCACAACUACCGCCAAUACUACCGUGACACCACAAUUACCGGCACAAUUGAUUUCAUCUUUGGUGACUCCGCCUCCGUCUUCCAGAACUGCAAGAUGGUAGUGAGGAAGCCACUGGACAACCAAGGCUGCAUGGUGACCGCACAAGGCCGGAUCGAUCAGCGUUCCACUGGUGGAAAUGUCCUUCAGAAUUGCACGAUAACCGGGGAGCCAGGACUCCCUCCUGCCACAAAGAACUAUCUAGGCCGCCCCUGGAAAGAAUUCUCCAGGACAAUUAUCAUGCAAUCAAACAUCGAUGCCAUCAUUGCUCCCGAAGGAUGGUCACCCUGGACAGGUGAUUUCGGUCAAAAAACUUGCUAUUUCCUCGAGUACCAGAACAGAGGACCCGGAUCCGACACCUCGAAGAGAGUCAAUUGGCCAGGUAUCAUAAAAAAUAUGAAUGAUCAAGAUAUUCAACAGUUCACUGCUGUCAAGUUCAUCCAAGGUGAUACUUGGGUGCCGGCUACCAACGUCCCUAUCGAAAACGGAAUGAUGAAAGUUUAAUUUCGAAGUUUCCUUGUUAUGUAAGUAUCUAAAUUUCGCAUCUGUAACAUUUUUGCUGCAAUUUUAAGUGCAGUUAGAAUCCUAGAAUAUGCUAUAUAUAAUAUAACCCUAUUUUGUGGGGUGUAUGUACUAAUACUUCAGCCUGCUGCGCCAGGCUUUAUAGAAUGAUGCAUUAUACUGCACCAUAUAUUUGUACUAGAUUAGCCUGUUGCCGCUGUGCCAGGCUUUGUAAUUCAUACCUUAUAUAAACAUAAGUAUUAUUCUUGAUAAGUGAUCAGUUAGUUACUGGAGCUGGAAUUCUGAUUUAC